AGACGAGCAGUCGAACAUUUACGGCAUUCAAACGAGAAGCAGAUCAUUGGCAUAUCGACAAUUCAAGAGUUUAUUUCAACAAGUUCAUUUCAACAUUUGCAUACGAACUGAAAAUGAAUAAGCUAAGUAAAUUGUGGAGUGUUCGGGUCCUUGCGGUUCUCGCUUUGUGCAGUAUUUUUAUGGUCUUCAUGCUAGUCGCUGGGCAGUCGAGCGGCCUCUACUCGCCGUCAGAUGGCGUUGUUGAGCUAACCAGUUCGGACUUCGAGAGCACCGUGCUGCAAGACGACGCCAUUUGGGUUGUACAAUUCUAUGCAGCUUGGUGCAGUCACUGUCGUGCCAUGGUGCCCGAGUACCAGAAGUUGGCCAAGGCCCUGAACGGCGUCGUCAAACUGGGCGCGGUCAAUGGAGAGCGAAAUGCCGAGCUAAGCACAACGUAUGAGGUACGCGGCUUUCCAGUGAUCAAAAUUUUCGGUGCCGAUAAAAAGAAGCCGAUCAAUUACAUUGGGCCACGCACAGCGCAUGCGAUUGCCGAGUCAGCGCUGUCUGUGGUCAAGAACCAGAUCAAAAACGUCAUUGGCCGCGUCGAGAAUGUUGAAACACCUGAAGAGGAAAGCAUUUGCUUUGACAGCGACGUAAUCGAGCUGCAGGCGGAAGACUUCAAGAAGCAAGUGCUCAAAUCGGAUGACAUUUGGCUGGUGGCGUUCUAUACGCCCUGGUGUCCACACUGCAAGAACCUGGCGCCCGAAUGGAUCAAGGUGGCCAAGGAGCUGAAGACCAAAUGCAAAGUGGGUGCAGUCGAUGCCAGCGCUUUCAGCGAACUGGCAGCCGAGUACAAAGUGGUGGGCUAUCCCACGAUAUUCUACAUUCCUACUAAGACGGAGCAUGCGGCUGAUGCCAAGGAGUAUAAAGGUGCCGAGCGCACAGCAAAAGCAAUCGUAGACUGGGCCAACAGCCAGCAACAGGCGCUCGGGCUGCCCUCCCAGAUCGUGGAGAUAGUCAGCAAGGAGAAGCUGUACAAUGCGUGCAUCAACGCGGACUGGUGCAUGCUAGCCUUCCUGCCCCCGUUGACCGAAUGCAACGCCGAGUGCAGGAACAAUUUGCUGAUCGAACUGCACAGCGUGGCCGCCAAGUACAAGAAGCAGCGCUGGGGCUGGGUCUGGAGCGAGGCGGCGCGUCAGUUGCCCCUCGAGAAUGGCCUGCGAGUCAAUCACAAGUAUCCGGCUCUAGCUGUGGUCAAUUGCAAUCGAAUGAAAAUGGGCCUCUUCAGGGGCGCCUUCAGCAGAAAGGCCCUCGACGAUUAUCUGGCCAUCAUUGCCAAGGGGCGUGGCAAGCUAACCGCAGUCGAUUGCGAUGACAUCCCACAAAUAGCGAGCCACUCGGCCUGGGAUGGCCAGGAUGCCAAGGAAAAUGACACAGCCAGCGAGCGUCUCCUGGCAGAUGAACUAUAAUAUCUACCAAGCUCCAAUGACAUUUAUCAAGAUCGUUCGUGAUUCUAUUAUUCUUGAUAUAGUGUUGUCUACAUGUUCCUGUUCUGACUCGUAACAUUCUUCCAAUUUCAACCCGAUUCGAAAUUUAUUUUAAU